AUGGGGAUAUCUAAAAACAUUGUGAUUUUUAACGGUGCAUUUAAAAGAUGCUGGAUUCAUAAAAGGUUCAAGUCAGACAAGGUGAAGGGCCAUGUGAUCGGCAUUGAUUUGGGCACAACUAAUAGUUGUGUUGCUGUGAUGGAAGGCAAGCAGGCAAAAGUAUUAGAGAAUUCAGAAGGUUCUAGAACUACACCUUCAGUCGUGGCAUUUACUAAAGAUGGAGAAAGGCUUGUUGGCAUGCCAGCAAAACGUCAGGCAGUAACCAAUCCACAGAACACGCUUCACGCAACUAAGCGCUUAAUUGGGCGCCGUUUCGAUGAUCCAGAAGUACAGAAAGACAUAAAAACAGUCCCAUAUAAGAUUGUGAAAUCCUCUAAUGGUGAUGCAUGGGUGGAAGCUCAAGGCAAGCUGUAUUCACCAAGUCAGAUUGGUGCUUUUAUUCUGACUAAAAUGAAAGAGACUGCUGAAAACUACUUGGGCACAAAAGUAAAGAAUGCAGUUGUUACAGUGCCGGCCUAUUUCAAUGAUUCCCAGAGACAGGCAACCAAAGAUGCUGGACAGAUUGCUGGCUUGAAUGUGCUUCGUGUGAUCAAUGAACCUACAGCUGCAGCUCUUGCUUAUGGUAUGGACAAGACAGAUGAUAAAGU